UCAUUCAAACAAGAAACUCCUCAAAGGCACCGCCUACUAAUUAGUCGAGAUAAUUUAAUUGAUGACUUGUUUAGUAUUUAUCUCACGCUCAGGUGAACGUUAAUGUUUGUAGCUAAGAUAAAGUCAACCUCCGAGUGUUCUUGGGUCGAUAUGUUCCAUCAACCUCAUCAUUAAAUAUUUUAUUUCAUCACAGAAUUAACAUCUUUAAUUAAUUUGCUCCCUGUUUUGGUGGGAAAUGACUUUUAAUUAACAACAACUAAUCGAUCUGAAUUUUCUUGACUCUUCUUCUUUACUUCGAAUCAAACAUUUCUCCCGGUGAGUAGAAAAGAUAUCUAUAUUUGGUGGGUUCCAGGUCUGUGGUAUUUAAGAUGUGAACGCAAACCAUUAUAGGUUAACCCCAAAGACAUAUCUCUCGUCUUUGAAGAAUUCCUCGAGAAUAUUGAUUAUGGAGGGCGUUAAGCACUUGGACACUUCUAAAACAACUGCAUUUAACACUAUAAAUAGGGUUGUUCCACAGGCAGACAGGGAUGAGGAACCUGCAGGCUGGGGAACAUUUACCGAAGAAAGAUCGUUACGGGGAAAUAUUGGUGAAUAUGGAUGUGAUGUUUGUUGGAAGACGUUCUCUUCAGAACAUGAAGUUUUCAAACACAAAGAAAUACACAAUAAGGAGGAACGAUAUCACAGGGAAAUAUGUGAGAAACGUUUUGUGUGUAAGAGUAAUUUAACAAAACACAGUCGAAUACAGACUCGGGGAAAACAAUUUCACUGUGAAAUAUGCGGAAAAUCAUUUUCUGAUAAUUCUAAUCUUGUAGUUCACAUUCGUAGCCACACUGGAGAGAAGCCAUAUCGUUGCGUUGUGUGUGAGAAAUAUUUCGUCUCAAACAGUAAUUUAGCGACCCACAAGAGGAUGCAUAGCGGAGAAAAACUGCUUAAAUGUGAAAUAUGUGGAAAGGCUUUUGUCUUUAACAGUGAUUUAACGAAACACAUUCGAAUUCACACUGGAGAAAAACCGUUUCAAUGUGACAUGUGUUGGAAAUCGUUCUCGCACACUUCUAACCUUAUCGUUCAUAAACGUCGGCACACAGGAGACAAACGUUUUCAAUGUGAGAUAUGCGGCAAAUAUUUCAUUGAUAACAAGGAUUUAAUGAGGCACAAACGAAUUCAUACGGGGGAGAAGCCUUUCAGUUGUGAAAUCUGUGGCAAGUGUUUCACCCAGAAAUCUAGUGUUGUCAUCCACUGUCGGACUCACUCUGGAGAAAACCCGUUUCCCUGCGAAGUCUGUGGAAAAUCUUUCCCUUCUAGCAGUAUUCUAACAACUCAUAAAAGAAUUCACAAUGGAGAGAAAAUGUUUCGUUGUGAAGUUUGUGGGAAAUCGUUUAUUUAUAAAAGUGAUUUAACAACACAUGGAAGAAUCCAUAGUGGUGAAAGACCAUUCCAUUGUGAGACUUGUGGCAAAACUUUCACCCACAAUUCUAACCUUUUUGUUCACAAACGUAGCCACACUGGAGAGAAACCUUAUCGCUGUGAUGUGUGUGAAAAAUACUUCGUCUCAAACAGUAGCUUAAAAAUACACACACGAAUGCACACUGGAGAGAAACCACUGCACUGUGACGUUUGUGGGAAGUGUUUCUCUGAUAAUUCUAGCUUAACGGUGCAUAAACGGAGUCACACUGGUGAAAGGCCGUACAAUUGUGAGAUCUGUCAGAAAUCUUUCGUCUGUAACAGUCAUUUAACCAAACACAGAAGAAAACACACUGGAGAAAACUUGUUUAAUUGUGAAAUAUGUAGAAAAUCUUUCACUUCAACAAGUUAUUUAACAAAGCAUAAAAGAACACACAAUGGAAAAUAGCUGGUCUCACUGACAGAUAUCUGGGUAGUCGUCAUUAUUUAACAUAUGCUUUUUCCAUGCUUGCGUGCACAAGCUUGAGUGCAAGCGCACUCACUAAAAUGAUCGGUAGAAGACAAUUACCCAAGGUGCCAUGCAGUGGGAUUGAACUGGGAACAAUGUGGUUGGGAAGCAAAACUUCUUACCUCACAUGUCUAUGUAUAAAUACAGUAAUCCCUCUACUCUCGUGGGUGUUACAAUCCAAAACUCCACGACAGGUGAAAAUCCAUGAAGUAGAAGCAGUAUUGUAUAUUUUUUAUUUUUAUAAUUUGUAUACAUUUAUUUUAUUAUAAAUGCAAACCAACACCACCGAGGAACUGACGUAAGCUUAAAUAAUAAACUGCGAUGUGGUGAGGGAUUACUAUAUAUAUUUAGAUAGAUAUAUAUAAUGGAUAAUAAAACAAAUGGUUUACACCUGGUAGCUUACUGGUGAACCACAGUCACUUUCAGACUGAUCGUUAGGUAUAUAUGAAAUGAAAGACGGAAGAUGGAAUAUACGAGAAUUUAUUGAUCACAACAGUUGUUUCGACACAUCGAGCAUCGAUCCCUCACAGGUGGAGCACUUAAGAACUGGUUCAGAUGUAUCUCGUUGGGUGAUAAAUAGAUACAACUCGUUAAAUUGACUGUUCCGCAAUGUAUCUUCUCAUUUUGUAGAAAGAAAAGCAGCCAGAUGGAGGAAAUAUCUUCAUUCAUAUAGAAGAUCAAAAAUAAAAUCCCAGAUGGGAGGAAAAAAAGAGAAAUGAACUCGUAAUACAGCAAGAAAAGUUGUUGAGUGUGCCACCCAUGCGGGAUCGAUGCUAGAUGUUUCAAAACAAUUGUGUAUCUUCCAUCUUCUGUCUUUCAUUUGCCAUACAUGAUGAUGAUGUGUAUCUGGUGCAGCUUAUAACACACUGUGAGGCCAAGUUACCGACUAAUCAGUGGCCAGGCUUCACGUGAUGGGUCAUUCUAGAGCCUUCUGGGAUGUCAUGGUACAAGGGUCAUGUAAAGGCUUGUUUCUAGCCCCAAUUUUCAGUAUGUGGUGACCUGCGGUCCAAUUCCCCACACUCUUACAAUUUGUAAUAGUCAUUUCAGCAACUCCUGCUCUUCCCGGACAUGUUGUCAUUAUACGUGGCCAAUAUGAAUCUAAUGUGUCUAUUUAUCUCCUGUCUUGGCAAACUUCAAUGCAGGGCUUUUGUAAUCAAUUAUUUAUGAAUGCUGCAGAACGAAUUCAUGACCAACUUAAAUAUUGUAUGGUGAAAUAAUAAAAGUUA